AUGAAUGUUGAAAUCUUAUCCAGAGAGCUCAUAAAACCAUAUACUUCUACUCCCCCGAGCCUUGGUCGUUACAAGAUAUCAAUAGUAGAUGAGUUAUCCCCUGUAAUGAAUGUUCCUACGAUCUUUUAUUACGCUGCUGACAUUCACGGCAGUGGUAUAGAGAAUGGCACUAGUAUUUCUAGGUGCAUGCACUUGAAAAAAUCGCUAUCCAGGGUCUUAACCAGAUUCUAUCCGUUUGCUGGAAGAUACGUGAAAGAAAGUUACAUGGUUGAUUGUAGUGAUCAAGGUGCUGAAUUCGUGGAAGCCAAAGUUGAUAUUCGCCUUGAUGAAAUUAUUGGCCAGGGGAAGGAUUUGAAGGUUGAGUUGCUUAAUUCUUUACUUCCGCGUCCAAUUGGUGCAGGCGAUGAAAUCACUGAUCCUGUGCUAGCUAUACAAGUAAGUUUUUUUACUUGUGGCGGAUGGGCUAUUGGGGUGUUGAGCUCACAUAGAAUUGCAGACAUUUCAACCACCAGCACGCUCAUUAAGGAAUGGGCCAUUGAGGCAAAGCUACUAUUGGGGGGCUAUGAUGAAAAUCAAGUUGCAGUGACCCCUCUCUGGAACUCAGCUUCUCUGUUUCCUGGACAAAAAUUGUCUGGUCUUCCUCUGGGAUUAACCAGGGCUAAAGAAAAUGUUGAGGAUCAUAAAAUUGUUACAAAGAAGUUUUUGUUUAGUAAGAGCGCCAUAUCAAAAAUCCGUGAAAAGGCCAGACUAGACAAGUCAAGCGACAGGUUACCAACGAGGGUACAGUCCUUGUGGGGAAUAAUAGGAAAAGCUAUUAUCGAUAUAUACGUUGCUGACCCUGAAAAACCAAGGGGAUUUUUAAUUAUUCAAGCAGUGAAUAUAAGGGAAAGAACCGAUCCACCCAUUCCAAAGCAUCAAUGUGGAAAUCUUUACUUGAUAUCCACAACUCAAUCCGUGGCAGGCGAAAAAGGGGUGGAUUUUGAAGGUCUUGUUUAUCAGUGUACGUGCUCUGCGAAGAGAGAUGUGGAGAUAUGUAAGAUGUUAUUAUCAGCGGGCGAUGGAGGUCGAUUGAUAUCUCAAGGCUUCAAUGACUUGACAAAAAGCCUUACCAAUCCUGAAAUUUCUAGUGUCAGCUUGUUUAGCGACUGGAGCAAGUUUCCAUUAUAUGAAGCUGAUUUUGGCUGGGGAAAGCCUGUUUGGGUCAGUAGCGCCAACAUUCCCCUGAGAAAUAAUGUGUACCUUUUCAGCGAAAAAUUUGGAGGAUCAAUAGAAGCCUGGGUAAAUUUGCAUAUAGAUGACAUGCCUAAAUUUGAACAGGAUCCCAACAUCAUGGAAUUUACUACUUGA